AUGGCGCGCAACUCGGAAAAAGCGCAGUCGAUGCUCUACCGCUUCCGCGCCUCGCAAGCCGCGGAAUCGGGCCUCCUCCCCACCUCAGGCACGCGCCGCCCCAAAGCGCCCUCCACCGUGGCCACCAUCCCCGCCUGCGAGAAAUUCCGCGGCCAGAUCCUGCGCGACGUGUCGCGCAAAAUUACCAAGAUCCAAGACGAGAGUCUGAGCGAUUUCCAGAUCCGCGAUCUGAAUGACGAGAUCAAUAAGUUGAUGAAGGAGAAGUGGGGGUGGGAGCGGAGGAUCAGGGAGUUGGGUGGGCCGAACUAUAUGAGAGGGGGUGGGGGAACGGUUUUCGAUGAGCAGGGGAGGGAGGUGGAGGGGGCGGGGGGCGGGAAGGGGUAUCGGUAUUUUGGGAGGGCGAGGGAGUUGCCGGGUGUCAAGGAGAUGUUUGAGCGGGCGGCGAAAAGGAGGGUCAGGGGCGGGGAUGAGGGCAGUGGGGACGAAGGCGAGGCGAAGAAGAGGGAGAGGCAGAUUGAUCGCAGGAAUCUGGACGCGACGUAUUUUGGCUUUGGCUUGGAUGAGGAGGAUGGGAGUUUGGUGCGGUAUGAGCGGAGGAAAGAGAAGGAGGCAGCUGAGAGAUUAGGCAAUCUGGCGGACGAGGAUGGGGGAGGCGAUGACGGGUGGGAGUCAUUGCCAGGAGAUGCCGGGGAUGGGGUCGGCUGGCGGCUGCCUACGCUCGAGGAGGUGCAAGAGGAAUUGAUGGAUCGGAGAAGGAAGCAGGUCCUGGAGAAGUUGGGAUGA